ACAAUAAACAAACAACAUUAAUUGAUCAUGUUAAUGCAAAUCAUCACCCGCUAAGCUAGUUGAUGGGCAACCAGAGUUAGGAUCCUCUCCAUUGUUGGACAUUAAAAGCAAUAGCAGAAACAGUUAAUUGCUACAAUACCUCUCUCAUCAUCACGUUCAUUCUAAUUCAUUCAUAGUAUCCAAACACACAGAAGACAAGGCAAAGAUGAUGAAUACGGAAGAAGGAGAAGAGAAAGCACUUACCAUCUACUUCAUACCUUACUUAGCACCUGGCCACAUGAUCCCUCUAUGCGACAUAGCAACUCUCUUUGCCUUACGCCGUCAAAAUGUCACCAUCAUAACCACACCCUCCAAUGCUCAAAUCCUUGGCAAAUCUAUUCCUUUAAACCAACACCUUCGUAUUCACACUGUUCCAUUUCCUUCACAAGCAGUAGGCCUCCCCGAUGGCGUCGAACCCCUCUUCACCACCACCGACCUCGACAACCUCACCAAAAUCUAUCGAGCAGCCACUCUACUCCGACCAACCAUCCAACACUUCGUGGAGCAGCACCCACCAGAUUGCAUCGUGGCUGAUUUCAUGUAUCCUUGGGUUCAUGAACUUGCAAACAAGCUACAAAUUCCUAGACUUGCUUUCAACGGUUUCUCUCUGUUUGCUAUUUGUGCCAUGGAAUCUGUUAAAGCACACUCUCUUUAUGAAUCUGCUUCUUUUGUAAUUCCUCAUCUUCCUCAUUCUAUUGCCAUGAAUGCAGCACCACCGAAGCAGCUGAGUAAAUUAUUGGAAGCGCUUCUUGAGACAGUUUUCAAAAGUAACGGAAUCCUUGUCAACAAUUUUGCUGAACUUGACGGUGAAGAGUAUAUCGAACACUACGAGAAAACUACUUGUCACAAAGCUUGGCAUCUUGGUCCAGCUUCUCUUAUUCGCAGAACUAUUCAAGAGAAGGCUGAGAGAGGAGAAGAGAGUGUUGUGAGUGUGCACGAGUGUUUGAGUUGGCUUAACUCGAAACAAGAUAACUCGGUGGUGUACAUAUGCUUUGGAAGCCAAUGUCAUUUUUCGGAUAAACAACUUUAUGAGAUUGCGUGCGGGAUUGAAGCAUCGAGUCACGAAUUCAUAUGGGUUGUUCCUGAAAAGAAACGGACGGAGAAUGACAAUGAAGAGGAGAAAGAAAAAUGGUUGCCAAAGGGGUUUGAAGAGAGAAUUAUCGGAAAGAAGAAGGCUAUGAUUAUUAAGGGUUGGGCUCCACAGGUUAUGAUUCUGAGCCACACAGCCGUGGGUGCAUUUAUGACACAUUGUGGGUGGAAUUCCACUGUUGAGGCAGUUAGUGCAGGGGUUCCAAUGAUCACGUGGCCGAUGCAUGGAGAACAGUUUUACAAUGAGAAGUUGAUAACACAGGUGCAUGGGAUUGGGGUGGAGGUCGGUGCAACGGAAUGGAGCACAACUGGUAUUGGGGAAAGAGAGAAGGUGGUUUGGAGGGAUAAUAUUGAGAAGGUUGUGAAGCGAUUGAUGGACAGUGGUGAUGAAGCUGAGAAAAUCAGACAACAUGCUCGAGAGUUUGGGGAGAAAGCUAAACAUGCAAUUAAAGAAGGUGGUUCAUCUCAUUCGAAUUUAACAGCUGUGGUUAAUUAUCUUAAAAGAUUGAGGGACAACAAACCUCUAAUCUAAAAGUCAUUUUUGUUUAUUUAUCUAUGUGUAUGACACAUAAAUGUAGUCUAUUAUUUUGAGUACUAUCCACCAAAAAUAAAUAUCACUUUUUGGUACAUAAUGGUGAAAAAGGUACCUCUAUUGAGAAAAUGAAAUUAUAUCAUAAAUGACGCUUUGGUAUCAAAUCGUGAAAUUGAUUUAUA